AUGCAGCUCUUCUACCGCGACUGGGGAAUUCGUCUAUGCUCCAAGGGGUCACGAUCCGUUUUAAUAUCGAGGUCACUAAGAUCUCCAGUACAUGGUCACAACAGCGUCACAGAGGCCUUCGACAGAAUGAUUUUUGCGUCCCAGCAGCCGAAGCAUGCAGGUUGUGGGCAAAAUUAG